AGGUCUCAAAAAAUAAAUAGAUUGAAAAAGUUAACGAAGUCUAGAUUCCUAUCAGUUUAACUAUUUCAUCUUGAAUAAUCUCAUCAGUCAUCGCUCAUUAUAACUAUUUAUCUAAACUCUUGCUGUCAAGUUAUCUAGAACCAACUCUAAAUUAGCAACAAUCUCAUUUAUAACUUAAUGAUGUAUUGAACUUCCUUAGAACAGAUUGAUUUUGGAUAAAAAUUGUUAAUAUCAGAAGGAAACAGCCUUUAAGUACUAAUUCACUAUGAAACAAAAUAAAUUCGAAAGGAUUUCUAAAAUAACAAAAUCAUUAGAAUAAUAAUUGUAAUUCCAAUAUAUCGAAGAAAUACAAGUCCUUUGAUAGCUCAAGUAAGACCAAGUAGGUUAGAGGAUACUUACAAUUUGAC